AUGCUCACCGCUAACGCGGGCCCGUCGCAUCGACGGCGCCCGCACGCCGGCCUGAUACUGCUAAGCGUUGCGCUCGUCUGCUGGGUGCCCUUGCGUCUCAAUCCGUCGUCGGCCCGCCUCUUGGGCGGACUGUGGGAUGGGACACUCUCUGCGGUCGGCAUGGGAGAUGCCUCGAGAGGAAUCAGCUUCCCCUUCCACAGUGAUGACGACGGUGAUGACUUGAUCGCCCGGGAGACGACACUCUUCAUGGUUCCACCGCAGUGCGAAGAGCACACGCUCGACUGCUGGGACGGCUCGCGCUAUGACUGCACAGGCCUCAGCGCCAAUGGUCUGUGCUUCGAGUGCCGCACCUCCGGACCGCCCGAGGCGGAUCCGGUGCUGCUCCUGCACGGGUUCCCGCACGACGCGGACUUUUGGCUUCCCUUGACCGAUCAUUGGAUCGACGCGGGAGUCAAGCUGCGGACAUGCGCCUGCAAUCUGCGCGGGUAUAGCCCAGGCGCCUCUCCAGACGACCUCGAGGCGUACGACUUUGACGUGCUCGUGACGGACGUAUGGGCGCUUGCCGACGCUGCAUUUGGGCCCUCCUCCAAAUUCAGCGUAGUCGCGCACGACCACGGCGCGGUGCUGGGCUGGGUUGCUGCGGCGCAGCCCGAGGCGAAAGCUCUGUCCUUGCCCACGCAAUGCGUGCAGAGUGCUCACCUACCAUUUGCCUCACUACCUCAGGCGAGCCGGCUCAGCACGUUUGUCUCGCUGGCUGUGCCGCACCCGGACGUCUUCAGCAGCGCCCUGUUCAGGAUCCUGCCCUCCAAUGGCCUGAAAUGGUACCACGGCACCAUCCCAAAGUACAUGGCGCUGCCGCCCCUCAUCGGCUACGGCUCGUUCGGCCUCUUCGCUGCCAACUCGAUGGCCGCGACGAUGAUCACCAGCGAUGGGAUGCCGCAGAGCAUGGACCUAGGGACGGUGCUGGUGCCUACGCUGAUGGUGUGUGGGACGGACGACCCGUACAUCCUGUGCAGCAACGACUAUGUGGCAAACCGGACGACGCCGGAGCUCGUACCGGAUUACGAGGUGGUCCUCAACCACUGCGGCCACCUGGUCAUCUCAAAGUGCCGCUCCGUGACCGCCGUGACGACGUGGAAUGUUUGGGCCGAGGACGAGGGGUAUAGGGCGAUCCUGGCAAUCACGGAGUAUCUGGAGCGGAGGGUGAUCAUGGCGGGCUGGGGCGUGUGGCUGAGUGGGGCGUACCAGCCUGAGGCGCGUGGCCUACCCCCGACGGCUGCGGGAUCGGCCACUUACAUCUUGGGCGGGCCAUCGGCGCUCCUGCGGGCGAUUGGGAGUUGGUCGCUCCGCGGUGACGACUUUUGA